GCUAAGUUACCUAUAUACUUAUAGCACGUUAGUCAGAGGUGUGUUUAUAUAAAUGUACUCCUCCACAAUCCACACGUGAAUAUAAGAGCAUAACCCUUGAUAUGCUGCUGGUGUGAUAGUUACUUUUAUGCCAUUUUAAUUAGUGAAAAAACUAUUUAUUUACUUGGCAAAUAUGCGAGCUUGAUAAACAAUAUUAUUGCGCGGUGAUAAGGAUAUAUCCCGAUAUGAAGCUCAAUUACAGAAACGUUGACAAAGAUGGUGAAGGGUGCAUCGCCCUCACCCCAGAUGAGUCGGAGGACAUGUGGCAUAUUUACAACUUAAUAAGCAAAGGAGAUUGUGUAACAUGUUCCACCUACAGAAAAGUACAAAUGGAAAGUUCCACCGGCAGCUCAAGUAGCCAGAGAGUCCGAACAAAUUUAACAAUAUGUGUAGAAAACAUAGACUUUGAUACUCAAGCUUGUGUUCUCAGGCUUAAAGGCAGAAAUGUUGAAGAAAACAAAUACGUGAAGACUGGUGCAUAUCACACUUUGGAUGUUGAACUAAAUAGAAAAGUAACAAUUAGAAAACCAGUAUGGGACUCCAUUGCUUUGGAACGCGUUGAUUCGGCUUGUGAUCCAUCGCAAAGUGCCGAUGUUGCUGCUGUUGUAAUGCAAGAAGGUAUUGCAUUUAUAUGCUUGAUAACGUCCCAUAUGACAAUAGUACGUGCUAAAAUAGAUCAAGUUAUUCCAAGGAAAAGGAAAGGAAGUGUAUCUCAACACGAGAAGGGAUUAAAUCGUUUUUAUGAAAGCAUACUGCAAGGGAUUUUGAGACACGUGAAUUUUGACAUUGUCAAAUGUAUUAUUGUUGCAAGUCCUGGAUUUGUAAGAGAUCAAUUUAUGAAUUACAUGAUUCAACAAGCUGUCAAAACAGAAAACAAACUGAUUCUUGAAAAUAAAAGCAAAUUCAUUGUAGUUCAUUCAAGUUCUGGUUUUAAACAUUCAUUAAAAGAAGUUUUAUUGGAUCCAGUUGUAGCUGCCCGUAUAUCUGAUACAAAAGCUUUAGGUGAAGUUAAAGCCUUGGAAAACUUUUAUAUCACACUGAAAACAGAUCCGUCGAAAGCUUUUUACGGAAAAAAGCACGUUCAAGUGGCAUGUGAAGCACAAGCUAUUGAAACCUUGCUCAUUUCUGAUAAACUAUUUAGAUGUCAAGAUGUUGCUUUGAGGAAAGAGUAUGUUACCCUUGUCGAAGCAGUGAAAGAUUCAGGAGGUGAUGUUAAAAUAUUUUCAAGCUUACACGUCUCUGGUGAACAACUAGACCAACUUACAGGUGUUGCAGCUAUAUUGCGUUUCCCAAUGCCAGAACUGGAAGAAGAUAACGAAGGCGAUACCAGUGAAGACUCAGAUGAGAAUGAUUAGAACGUUUUAUGAAUUGAUUUUUCAUUAAAAUGACUGUGCUGUGCAUAGUUAAUAACGAGUAUCAUUGUAAAAAUGAAAUAAUCGGGAGCUGUAAAUUUAUUUUCGCUAAUUGGGAAAAGAG